GUUUUCCAGAUGCCGGGCAACAAAGUGAACGAUGAUGAUGAUGAUUAUGAUGACGACGACGACGACGAUGAUGGUGUUGAGAGAAGAAAUCAGGGACAAGGCAUCUCGAAGGGAAGCCUUGGACUUUGGUUGACAUGGUCUCUUACCAUCUUGCUCUCAUACUGAACUGGCAGCAAUGCUAGACACAAGAUAGCUAUAAGAACCCUCUUCCUGCCCUCUGAUUCUGAUUUUGAAUUCAAGCAAUCAUUCUCUUUAACUAUCUACGAAGAUCUCCUUCUUUAUCUAUACUCAGAUUGACCACCCCCCCCCCCGUCCCUUCAACAAUAGUCUCAAACUUCUUGAAAAGAAAAUGCAGCUCACCAAAACCCUUCUCACUGUCAUGGCUGCUGCCUUCCUCGUGGCAGCAGCUCCGGCCUCUACAUCUGGCGAACAAGCUCUCCAGGCUCGAGGCUGCCCGAACAAUUGGAACGUCUGUGGUACAUGCAACGGCGGAGAUUGCAAAAUAGCACUUACAAACCAUAAAUGCGAUAUUGGAAAGUGUACGAAGCAAAGCGGUGGUGGCGAUGGAAAGCUCUGCGGUGCUGUUGAUGUUGAUACUCCUCUGAAGUGUCCUGGUCGUGGUUGAGGUUUCUUUUUAUUAUGCUGACGAUUUAUGAGUGUGGUGAAACGGGAUUUAUGCGGAGUUUCAACAACUCCUUUGAGUCUGUCAAGCUAUUUUUUAUAUAAAUGCAUUUCUU